GUCAUCGUCAUCCUUUCUUCGUGGAAUUUUCUCGUUGCCCAAAGCGCAAGCUUCGUCUCCUCCGCCGUACAAUUCCUGUCGGUUUCUCUCCUCUUAUACUGCACAACCCCAUAUCUCAAAAUCGAUUUUUUUUUAACGCUCGAAUCGAUUCAAAAUUUCGAAAUUUGAGGGUUUUUUUUUAAGGAAUGGUGAAAUCGGCACAUGACGGGUCGUCGUCGACUUCGGUGGCGCCAUUCCUGAAGAAAUGUUACGAGAUGGUGGAUGAUGGUUCGACGGAUUCGAUAAUCUCGUGGAGUAGAACCGGAGAUAACAGCUUCGUAAUCUGGGACAUUACAGAGUUCUCUGUUGGGUUGUUGCCCAAAUUCUUCAAGCACAGCAACUUCUCUAGCUUCAUCCGACAACUCAAUAUCUACGGUUUUAGGAAAGUCGAUGCGGAUAGGUGGGAGUUUGCAAAUGACGGGUUUGUCAGAGGCCAAAAGGAUGCAAUGAAGACUAUCACCCGGAGGAAAAACGUUCAAAGCCUCGACCAGAGGAAAAGCUCUCAUAAACAGGAGAAUACAUCCGAUCAAUUGGAGAAGCCUGAAAACAGCGAACUGUGGAAGGAUGUUGAGAACUUGAAGAGCGAUAAAAACGUGAUGAUGCAGGAGUUGAUCAAGCUUAGGCAGUACCAGGAAACGGCAGAUGGUAAACUGUUAAAUCUGAAAGACAGGGUUCAAGGAAUGGAAGAAAGCCAGCAACAGAUGCUUUCGUUCUUGGUAAUGGUUAUGCAAAACCCUAGCCUUCUGGUUCAGUUGCUUCAGCCGAAAGAAAGCAGCUGGCGAGUGACUGAGGCCACAGCUAUAGUGGAAGAGGUUACCGAGGAAGGCGAGUCUCUGCCCACCAGUCUUCCUUUAGUGACAUACCAGCCACCACAGAAUGGAACAGUAAAGCCAGUUGUAUCCAAUUCUACAGAGCUUGUUGGUAGUGUUUCCUCAGACAUGCUGAAAGAUUUCAUCAGAAACGCCGAUAUGAUGAAGAUAUGUGUGGACGAAAAUCACGUCCCAUUGAUCAUACCCGAUCUAUACGACGAUGGCGCAUGGGAAAAGCUUCUGCUGUUGAGCCCAUCAAAGAAGAGCGCGAAGAACGCCACCCUUGACGAAGAAAGGAGCCAUGGAGAUUCAACAAUGGAGGUUGAAACAGAUAAGCGCAAUAUGCUCGAGCUUAUUCUGCGGGAAAUGGAGAGAUCCGACGACGAAUUUGAAGGGGAAGACCUUGAUCCCGAGAAAUCUCGGAAUCUUGAUCUUCUGACAGAACAGAUGGAGCUUCUGGCCUCAGAAGAGACACAGUUGAAUGUAUGAGAAACAUGUUUUUGUCAAUAUUCAGAAUUCUACAGGCGCAAGAAGAAGAGGAGCCUUGAUUUUGUUCGUGGACUGGAACCAACAUUAUGAAAGCAUCUGAAGAUGGUUUUCCUUUUCCACUUUGGCAGUUCUUGAGAUAUUACAGUUAGUGUAUCACUGAGGAAUAUACUAAAUUUACAUAAACUUUAGCCAA